UUAUCAACUUAUUUUUUUAUUAUUCAGUUUAAAAUGCUUAAAUGAAUCAUCAUGCUGUUAUAGCAAACUUGUUAGAGAUAUAAAAUGGCAAAAUUUAGUCGUUCAUUGAAGGUGACUGUGUUAUGUGUGUCAUGGUAUUUGCUAUCAACAACAAACAAUAUUCUUGGAAAAAAGAUUUUAGUUCAAUACCCUUACCCUUUGACCAUUACUUUGUUUCAUAUGCUUUCAAGUUCUUUUAUGGUGUAUCCUGUUCUCUUAAUGGCAGGUAUAAACACUCAAUACCGUUACUCAAAGCAUUUUAUGUUGCGUUUUAUAAUUCCACUUGGUUUUGGAAAAUUAUUUGGUUCAAUUGCUUCUCAUAUCAGUAUAUGGAGAGUGACUAUUUCUUAUGCUCACACUGUUAAGGCUUCUUUACCAAUAUUUACUGUAUUACUUGGUAGACUUAUUUAUAAAGAUUUACAAUCCUACCAGGUAUAUCUUUCAUUAUUGCCUAUUGUAUUUGGUGUGGCUAUAGCAACAAUAACAGAAUUAUCUUUUGAAUUUUAUGGAAUGUGUAGUGCUUUGCUAGCAACUUUUAUAUUUGCUUUGCAGAAUUUAUACUCAAAACUUGCUAUAAAAGAAGUCAGAUUACAUCCUCUACAGAUGCUAGUGACAAUUUCUCAAAUUUCUCUUGUCAUUUGCUUACCUUUAUGGAUAUUUAUUGAUACACCAAAAAUGGCUAAUGAUAUAAACUUGCGUUCAACAGCAGAUCAACUGGACCUGUUAGGAAGACUUUCAAUGAGUAGUUUUAUAAAUUUCCUUCAGAGCAUAGUUUCAUUUUCAGUACUGCACCUUCUUUCUCCACUCAGCUAUUCAGUAGCAAAUGCAACAAAGCGUGUACUUAUCAUAACAGUUUCACUUGCAACCCUACAUAAUCCAGUGACACUAGUUAAUUUUUUUGGAAUGAUGCUUGCUGUACUUGGAGUGUAUUUAUAUAACAGGGCAAAAAUCUCACAGGGCACUAUAAAAUCUAUACUACCAACAGCAUUAAAUGAUCAGUUAUCAGAAAGACUUUCAGACUCAUCACCUCGAUAUCGUGCUUUCAUCAAAUCGAAUACUUUUAUAUAGAUAAUGUAUAGUUACGAUUACAAAUACAUCUCUAACAUAA